AUGAACGAUGAGGCCGAGUCCUCGCGAGCGGGCCAGCGCCGCCGCAGCAUUGCCGACCCAGAUACGGACAACGACGACGGCAUAGCAGACAUUGACCUCGACGAGGACAUUGCCCAGCGAGAGCAGCGCAUGAAGGAGAGACGGCUAGAUGCUAAGCGGAAGCGGGUUGUGUUUCUCGACCAUCUGCUCCGCGAGCUAGAUACGCUCGUGUUCCUGGAGCUUAUCACGCUCUACCAUCUGGACUGCUCGUUCUUCUGGUUCGCUGUUCGCGCCAUAAUCCACGGCUCUUUGCUCACCCCGCUUCCCGACAUUGGCCUGCACCGCCAGCAUGAUGAGCAUAAACCAUGGUUACCUCUGAUCCUCUUCUGCUUCGCCAUCAACUUCCUGUUGCACACAACAUACCCCGCCCCGUCCGCCGGCGAGGAUACGCGCGGCUAUCUGCAUGGCGGGCUGAUGAUCGACUUCAUCGGACAGCUCGGGCCAACUAGCAAAUGGAAGCUUGCAGGUUUGGACACCUGCAUCCUAUUUCUGCAGCUCGUUAUGGUUUCUGUGCACGUGAAGCGGCGGCAAGCCAAGAAGACCCUCGCGCAAACAUCCGCAGGGAGCACAGAGACCAGUGCGAACGAUGAGGAAAGCACGGAGCAACCUCCCGAGGACACUGCUGCGCGCGAGCAAGAUGCCGACGCGGAAGAGCGUGGUGUUUUGCGCCGCACUGAUACCUUGUCUGAUAUCGGCAUAGACCCGGAUGAGGAAGACGCGCUCUUGUCGUCCUCGGAAGGAGUUCAGACAGAUGCGCUUGAUGUACUCAUCUCUGGCCAGUGCAUCAUUGGCGAGUUCUCCCUCAUCGACACGCUUCUCGAUGAGCACCAGAAAUACCAAGCUUUCCGUCAGACGCGGAGCGAGGGAGGAGCUGCAUCCUCGCUGUCGCCUACUGCUCUUCGCCAGUUACAGAACAUUCGCAUGCGGUUCGGUGUUGGGGGUGGGUGA